UCUCUCUCUCUCUCCCUCCUCCACUUCCACACCACCAUCACCAUGGCAGAGGAGCAGCCGGAGCCCGAGCAACAACUUCACAAACAAGAGGGCACGGGGGCUUUGCCGUCCCUGGUGCCCGGCAUGGCAGAGUCGGAGGCGAGUGCACUGCAGCAGAAACUGAAAAACUCGAUCUGCAAAACUGUACAAUCAAAAGUGGACUGCAUUUUGCAAGAAGUGAUGAAGUUUACAGAUCUAGAAAAACUCUACCUCUACCUUCAGUUGCCUUCUGGUCCUAGCAAUGGAAUCAAAAGUAAUCCAAGUUCUUUGUCAUCCAGUCGUACCCAGCAAAUGCAUGCUUUUAACUGGAUCCGAAAUCAUUUGGAGGACCACCCAGAUACUUCACUGCCCAAACAAGAAGUCUACGAUGAAUACAAGGACUAUUGUGACAAUCUUGGUUAUAACUCUUUAAGUGCAGCUGACUUUGGGAAGAUUAUGAAGAAUGUCUUCCCAAAUAUGAAAGCUCGACGCCUUGGCACAAGAGGCAAAUCAAAAUAUUGCUAUAGUGGUCUGAGGAAAAAAGCUUUUGUUCACAUGCCAUCGCUACCAAGCCUGGAUUUUCACAAAACUGGAGAAGGGUCUGAAGGAUCACACUCUGCAGGCCACCUGCAGAGUAUUGAUGAAGAGGUCAGAUCUGCAGCUUGCAGUCUGGUAUGUGAGUGGGCCCAGAAAGUAUUAAUCCGAAAAUUUGAUUCAGUGGUCGAUCUAGCUCGCUUCCUCGUUACCAGUCACUAUAUUGGCACAAAGUCUGUUGCUGCGUUGUCGGUAAUGGCAGGUGCGCCUACAGGAGCAAAACAGCCAUCUGCUUUUAUGCCCAUGACUGAAAGCAAUUCCUUUCAGCCGCAAGUGAAGACUUUGCUUUCCCCAUCAGUCGAUGCCAAGCAACAGUUGCAACGUAAAAUUCAACAGAAUACGCUGAAGAAACAACAAGAGCAGAAACUCCAAUCUCCACUACCAGGGGAACAACAAGUAAAGAAAGUAGAAGGUGCCACAGUUGGGGGAGUAGCCAACAUCCCCAAUGGAAGCCCUGCCCUGCUUUCUCCUCAACCUACUAUUGGCAUUGUGGUGGCAACUGUUCCCAGCCCUAUCCAAAUGCAAAGAAGCAGACAGAUGAUGACAUCACCGAGUCCAUUAGGAUCAUCAGAUAACAAGGUCCUUCCUUUGAAUGUUCAGGUUGUUGCGCAACAUAUGCAGUCAGUCAAACAGCAACAGAAGACUGUCCAGAAUGUCCCUGCCAGUCCACACAAUGAUCGCUCAAGACCUCGCUAUCAUCAAAUCUUGCCUAAGCCAGCCUCAACCAGCACACUUACCCUUAGUUCCCCAACUACAGUACUUUUGGCCAGUAGUCCAAUUAAAACUGUUGUUUCUGGCCCAUCACAUGCAAGCCCCCUGAAUAUGGUGAAGAUGACAACAAUAUCUCUCCCUCCUAACACUGGUGCAUCACCCAAACCUACAUCAGCAAAUAACAAUACUGGAAUAGGAGACAAAUUGAAAACUGGUCCAACGUUGAGAGUUGGCUCAACUUCUUGCCUUCCUGCUGCAGGAUCCAAAACAAGUAGUGCCACAACUACACCUACUGCUGAGGUCAUUAAAUCCGAACAUGAGGCAAUAUCAGGUGAUGAAAAGCAGAUUCAGUGCCAAGAGAAUUCAAGUUAUUUGAAGGAUCCAAAGAGAACAGUUGGUUCCUCUCUAUGUGGGCAGAAAAGUAAUAGUGAAGGUGGCAUGAAAGUGAAGACAUCAAAUGGGAAAGCAGCUAAUGAAAAGACAGCAAAAGUCUGUAAUGGUCAGAAAACCGAAGGAAAAAAGACCAAAAACGAAGGCAAGUUUGUACAUAAUGAAAAUCUGGCCAUUUCAAUAGUGGGAAAUAAUCAAAGUGUCUUUUCUGUUUCCUCCACUUCAAAUUUCACGAGCACCAGCAUUAAUUCAAAAUCCAUUACUGAAGCUGUCAGGUCUCAUAAGGACAAUGGGAUGUGCCCAAAAAGUCCAAGAAAACGCUCGCCCUCUAAUUCUGCAUUUGAAGCACAGUUGCCUCCUGUGAAGAAGGCUAUGCUUUUAGAACAUACUGUAGGUAGUGCAGAACAUCAGAAGGCUUGCCAUGGCAUUGCAGUAAUGACAUCUCCAAAACUAUCUGCAGCUUUACCAGUAAAAAGCGAAAAUGCACCAGCAGUGACUCAGGCACCCGGUAAAGUUACUGUUAAACUGAAUACAACAGGAAUAACCCGCAUAUUAGCAAACCCUUCAUCCGAUAUUCAAGUAGUAACCUUGGAUUACCCUCAGACUACUGUAGAACAAACCUUUCAGGAAAACAAAACUGCAGAUUUGGAAAUGAGUUCAUUUAGUUUGCAAAGAAACACAAAUACAAAGCUGACUGCCAAUCAUACUGACAUGCAGCAUAUCAAAAAGAAUCACCAGUGUUUUGUGCCUACAGAAAGACAGCAAGUACUAAAUGCUAAUGUGAUUGGGAAUUCGGGGACCAUUGAUUUUCAAGUGUCUGAUUGGGAGCCAGUACAAUGUAAUGGGUUGGAUCAGCAGUCUUAUGAUCAGCAAAUGGAAGCACAGAACCAGCUACAAAGUUCUACUUCAGUUCAGCUGCAAGGCCUAAAUCAAGCACAGUCAUCAAACCAAUUACCUCUGCAGGAUAGUUUGAUGGAGCUCGCACCUUCAGGUUCACAAAGCAAUGAAAACUACUUUCAGUUUGAUGAAGAUCUCACACAGGACAGUAUUGUUGAAGAAUUAGUAUUAUUUGAAGAGCAAAUGUCUAUGAAUGCUAGUUAUGGAACUGGUUUGGGAAUACCUCCUCAUAGUCAUUCCACAAUAGGUCAAGGUACAGUGCUGUCAUCUCAUCAAGCUGGACAAUUCUACCAUCCAAUCCAUAGCAGUGGUACUCCAACUCCAACUCCUACACCAACACCAACUCCUACACCCAAUCCAACACCUACAUCAGAGAUGAUUGGCUCUCAAACCUGUUCAAGUCCAAGUUCCAGAAUGGCUCAGACAACGCCUGUAGAUAGUGCGCUUGGCAGCAGCAGACAUACACCAGUCGGCACUCCUCAUUCAAACUGUAGUAGUAGUGUGCCUCCGAGCCCUGUUGAAUGCAGGAACCCUUUUGCUUUUACUCCGAUAAGCUCCAGCAUGGCGUACCAAGAUGCUAGUGUCAUUUCUAGCAGCCCUGUUAAACCAAUGCAAAGGCCUAUGGCCACUCACCCAGACAAAACAAAAAUUGAAUGGAUGAAUAAUGGAUACAACACUGGAGUAGGCAAUUCUGCAGUUUCUAGCAGUGGUAUUCUUCCCAGUUAUCAGGAACUUGCUGAGGACCACUUUAGAAAACCGCAUGCCUUUGCUGCUCCUGGACAAACGAUGCAGUCAUAUCACCAUAGUACCAUGCAGUUACAGUCAAGACAUCAUGAUGCUCAGUUGGGUCGUUUGACUCCAGUUUCACCUGUACCACACCAGAUAGCUUCUAUGGCUAAUGGCAAUAAGCAGGAGGGCUUUGCAGUUCCAGCACCUCUUGAUAACAAAGGAAUACAUUCACUAAUCAAUAAUUUUAGGUGUCGCAGCGUCAGUCCUGCUGUUCAUCGUCAACGUAAUCUUAGUGGAAGUACUCUAACUCCUGUGAUUAACCUGCCAAGAACAAAUUUGGCAUCUUUUGGAAGCCUAGUAACACCUGAAGUUCACAACAACACCUUUGCUAACAAUAUUUCAAAUAACAGUGCCAACAGUAUGGCUCAGCGAAGCCAAUCUGUCCCUUUGUCUGUUAUGAUGCAGAGUCCUUUACCAUCUUACCAGAAGCAAACCAACACUAAGAAAAUUACAAAUGUGUUGUUAAGUAAACUUGAUUCAGACAGUGAUGAUGCAGUCAGAGGUCUAGGAAUAAACAACUUGCCCUCCAAUUAUACAGCAAGGAUGAAUCUUACUCAGAUAUUGGAGACAACAUCUAGUUGUGCUAGUGCCAACCAGCAACCAAUGAUUAAUUCAAGCUCUUCUGUCUUUGAAUUCCAGAAGCCUAGUUACCUCAUAAAACACACCAACAAUGAUCAGUUGGGUUAUAUUUCUGAGGAUAAUCAAGCACAAACUGAAGCCAGAGAGCAGUCAUUGGAUUUCAACAACACAGUCAAAGACUUUCUGGUUGAAGACAGCCUACAACCAAGCCAGCAAAUGGUUGGUCAAGUGUCAUCAGAUCUAAAUGUUGCCUCUGAUUUCUCCAGUGAUCUCAGGUUGUCUGCUGAACUUUCAGGCAGUAUAAAUGAUUUGAGCACUUUAGACACAAAUCUGCUGUUUGACCCAAGUAAACAACAGGGACAAGAUGUUGAUACUACACUGGAGGAAUUGAAUGAUGAUGCAGUAUUCCAGCAAAUCUGUAAUGAAUCCAUGAACUCCAUGCAGUCUUCAGGUUUUGACUGGAUGGAAAGCAAAGAUCAUCCUGCAGUUGAAAUGUUAGGUUAAAUCAAAGAGUACUGUUAACUAUAUAGCACACAUUUAAUUUUUCGACACAUCACAUUUGGCCUAACAGAUGUGCCUGCCUUAAGAGAAACAUUUCUUCCUAAAAGAGGUGAUACAGGAGAAAACUAACUACUGUGCAUUCAUGGGUUUCAAUAAUGUGUUCAUAAUUCUUUAAUUUUAGCUGCCAGUAUUUGACAUCUUCCUGUUUGGUUUACUGCAGACAUGUGCAUAUGCUAUCAAUUUAUGGAAUUGGAUUAAUUUAUAAGCUAGGCUGUCUUGGGUAGGUUGCUGUAGUGAAAUGUAAAUGCAGUUAGAGCCUUUUUAAGAUCAUCAGUGGUGAAAUGAAAUACUGCUUAACUAGGUCAAUUUAUCUUGUAUAGAAUCACUUUCAUUCAUUGCCCUUCCAGUAAUAUCCAGUAUAUGAUUUAGCUGACUGAAUCUUCAGCCCAGAGUCUCAAGAUAAAAUCCAGGCCACUAUCCUGUAUCGCACUGCAUUUUUUUUUAAAAAAAAAGCUAGUCAUAGUGUGAAUGUAGGUCUUGUUGGCUGCACAUUAAGUUAAUGCAUCGGUUUACUGUGUGCUUUCUGCUGAAUUUUCCAUAACUCUGUUGUAAGAGACAAUAUUUAUAUACUGGUAUUACAGUCACCCUUUGUUAUUUCGUUCUCUGCAUAAUAAUACUCAUUGGUGCAUUUGGAAGUUAGCAUUAUGGACAAUACGAAAGCAAUUUUCCAGCGACAGGAAUGGAAACCAUGGGAUGCAUUCCUCAUUUAUGAUAUCAUUCAAACACCUGGUAUGGAUCACAAUAUUCCAGGGUGACUGUCACUGGUUUUAAUGGAUAAAACAAGAGUGAGAAGUCAUUUGAGAAACUGCAGUAAGAGUUCAUUUAUCUGUCUGCCUUUUGACAUUUAGAGUUAUGUGAUGGUUAAGUGACUUAAGUUGUCAGCAAUGUAAUGUUCAUCUUUUAACUUGGAACAUUCAUUAAUUUGAUAAUUUAUGCAAGGUAGAUUCAUUAGGUGUUUCAUCCCUUGUGCGCUAUUUUUAUUGCAUUGGUUAACUUGUUCUUGCUAAAUUCCUCUGCGAUAUUUUAACGGGAGUGUUAACCCAUUUAUUUUAAGCAAGUAAGCAACUGUUCAAAAGUGCAGACAGAAAUUGAACAUGAACCCAUUAACAAGUACAUGGAUCCAUUAACAAAUAAUGGAUUAAACUCCUUGUAUCCUUACUGAAAGAGUGUAUAUUAUAUAGGAAAAUCAAUGGGUACCUCCUCAUUGCAAAAAAACCCCAGUAUUUCUUGUAUGAAAAUUCGCUGUAAUAUAUAUUUCAAAUGGAAAUUCUUUCACUCGAAGUUGAUUUGAAUACAUUUUCCUUUCCUUUAGGAAAAGUUGUCAAAAUGCCUGGCAAGGUAUUUCUUGGUAAAGGUUUGGAUUUUUUUGUUCUCGCAUUCAAAGGAGAAGAAAUCUUGAAAAAAAUAUGCAUUUUUAAAAUCCCUGAAUAAACCACUGAAAGGACAGAAUGGUACUUGCUUGGGCAGUAUCAUGUAGCACUCCUCCAAGCAAGCAGUGGGUUAAAAGAUAUGAUGGAGGAAUGUUGGUGAUUAAGCUCAAAGGAGCUUCCUAAAAUGAAUUUAUUUUAAAUAGGCCCUGGUAUAAUCUACAUACAUUUUUCCCCUUGGGCAUAUAUCUUUAUUGAAAUCUAUAACAGCUUUCCCGAUUGUUCAAUGAGUAAAUACAACAUAUGGUUUGAUCCUGAAGCAUACAUUUUAGGGGGCUCCUAAGUUAGAUCCUCCUUUAACUGCUGCCCUGGCCAUGCUCAACAAAGGUAGGGUUGAUAAGUCUAUAACUAUAAAGGCUAUAAAUAUAAGAUUAUCAUCAAAAGAAUGUAGGUAGAGCUUUUAGAAACAUUUUGAUUUGAGCAAAAGCUGCUCAUGUUGAGGAUAAAUAUCAAUACAGACCUGUCGGGAUGGAGUGGCCUAUUUCUGUAUUGUAAUUUAUGUCUAAUUCUAUGUUGUGUUUGGAGUGCUCCAUCAGAAACAGUGUUGCAAAGAGAAUCUAUAAUGCCUUUUAAAAGGGAAGUGGAUACAUAUUUGAACAAGAAAUAAUUACUAAGAAUUGGAGAAGGGUCGGGAAAUGGUGCUCUGUGGAUAACUUUCAGAGAGCUGAUACAUGCAUGAGGGGCCCUCCACUGAUAUAUGCUUUUAUGGGGUAGGUAUUGAAGUUUGCUGUAUCUCUGAACCAGGUAGUGGAAAAUCGACCAGGGUUCUGAUGGUCGAUUGCCUUCUACUGAAAGUACACAUAUAUAUUUAAACAUUUUCUCAACUUCCGAUCUUAGAAUGGCUGAUUCAGCACAAACAAUUAAUUUGAAACAAAUUUUGAUUUGUGAAGUUCUAUACCACAUCUCAUAGUGCAUUAUCCACUGAGCAGUCACUGGAACUUGUAAAUUUAAAAGAGAGGAUUGAGGUUGACUGAUGUGCCCCACAGUUGAACAGCCCAUUUGACUUCAUACUUGAAGGAUGUUAGUUUGCUUUAGAUAACCUGAGAGCUUCAGUGUAUCAUGGAAUUGCAACCAAGUACAAGUCACCUUAAAAGCAAGUUGAUAAAGGGGGGAAAUUGGAACGAUAAAGAAAAUAAAUUGCUAUAACUAUAUUAAAUUAUCUAAUUAUUACGAGCAAUUUGUUUCAUGAUGUAUACCCCCUAAUAUAUAGGUGUAUUGGUCAUCUGAAUCAAUUGUUAAGCAAUUUUAACCAAUGUCCAACAAACUAAGGUAAAUUUAAAAAAUACUGAAAAAAUAGUUUUAUUUCCAAGUAUUUAGCCUAGAAAUAUUCCAAGAAAAGAUGUGGACUUUGACAAAGAACUUGUAAAAAUAUCAUUUUGUCAGAACUCCAGCUUUACUGAAAUCAAAUAUUUAAGGAGUGUAAAUGCUAAAGGGGGAACAGCUUGAGUGAUUUAUAACCAAUACUUGUCCAAAUUUUAAUGAUUUACAGGUAUUAUCAUUUUCACAAUGUUACCAAAUUUUGCUGUUACGCUAAGACUUCAUGAACCACUUGAAGUUGUAAUGUUUCCCAUACCUUUCUGUAGCAAUUUGGGGAAAAAAACGCUUUGAAUUUUAUUGAUUCUACCUAGCUUGUUUGUAUUAUGAUGAGAUGCUUUCUCUGUACCCCUGUGAUGUAGUAGGUUAUAGCAAACCCUCUGACUGCCUAAUGUGUAUAACUAAAGUUAUGAAGAAAUCUGUUUUCCAUGUUAACUGUUCUGACUAAAUGUAUGCAUAAUGAUGAAAAUAAGAAUUGAGAAACAAAUUGGGUAUAAGUUGAAUCCUAGUCACAAUUGAACCAUACGCAUAAAAUGCCUUUUAAUUUGACAGUUAUACAGAAGCAAAAAUUUUGAUUACAGAAUGACACCAAAUUUUUUCUAACAUUUACUUAAAUAACAUUUUAAUUCCAAUUUUUAACUUUUAAUCACCUCUUCAUUUUGGGGCACAUGGAAUUCAAAUCAUUUCUACAAUAAGAAAUGAGCAGUAAAACUAAUGCCUAUAAACAUAUAUCCUUUUGACAGAAAAUUUUAGCCAUCCAAAAUUUAUGCCAGUGGAUAUCAAGAACACCAAUAUUAAAAUCAACUUCAAAACAAGGCUUGUGCUGAGUUAUCUCUAUUUGAAUUGUAUUACAUUGGAGUUAUGCUUGUGUUACCACAAGAGGGUGCUCUACUUUAACCUUGCCUUUUAAUUUUUUAAUCCAUUGUUAAUUCAGUGUUUCUAUUUGAAGUGAAGCCACCCUGAGCAGUUGUUCUCCCCUUCAGAUUUAUAGCAAAUCUUCAAAAUGCAGUCAGUAAUUUCAAAAUUCUUAGGUCAGAGCUUAAACUGAAUUUUGUCUGCUUAUAUAAUGACAGGGAAAUAAUAAAUACUUCAUGAAAAUGACAAUCUGUGACACUAGAUGAUAUCUAGGCUUGCAGUGAAAUUUAUCUGCUUACCUUAAAGUCCGAUUGCAGUUAUAGUUGAUAUUAUCAUGAAAUUAGAUUUCUUUCGGCCAUUGAUUUUCUUGCCCCCAAUCUCGCUUGAAACAGCUGCGUUGUGUUUGAUGGUGAUAUAAAAAGUGUGUUCCUCUUUUUAAAAUUAAUACUUUUCAAAUAGUAAGUUAAAAAUCAUUUAUUCCUGUUCUAAUUCAAUUAUUAUGAUUAUGCUGAGUUCAGUUGUCAAUCAUGAAAAUUGUGACCACAGAUAUCAGAAAUAAUGACAUUGGAGAAAUGUGUCAACAUUAUGGUGCAUUUCAAAAUUAAAUUGUUGGAACCUGGAAACAAGUUUGCAGGAAUAGAUGUACAGUGCAGGAGUCUUAACCCCUUCUAUUUUUCAUAGUCUUUCGUGCGACUUAAUAAAUUGAAUUUCUAAUACUUGAACAAAUAUUUCCGUGCACAAGACUUGUUCAUUUCUAUAGCUCUGACUUCAACUCUGUACUUUGGAAUCAUGAUUCAACAAAAUAUAUAUUUAAAUAAUUAAAGUUAAAACUUUAAGUGAUUGAAUUUUAUAAAUGACUAUAACCUUUUUUCUCUUUCCUACCAUUGUCUACAUCUUUGCCUCCUCUCUCCCCAGACAUCCUUCCAUAACCAAAGAAGAAAGCAGUGAAGAUUACAUAUUUUUAUUUUCUUUGCUGCCAACCUUGUUGUUGGAUAAAGAACUUUAGAAUUUGAGUACAAAUUUACAGUCUAUUGCUCAAGAGUACAAAUGCAGAAUUUAAAAUGCUUUUACAUUUUAAUCAGAUUAUUCUUCACUGUAUUUCUGAAAGGAAAAGGCCUUGUCGAUGUUAUUGAAUCUUUGCAAUGAUGGAUUUGAACAAAAAAGAGCAAAACAUAAACAUUUGACUUACCUUGCUGUCACUCGAGCAGCAUAUUUUCCCUAUUUUCUGUAUCCUCUUUGUGAAUUCUGUCCUGACUGCAUUAGGCUAUUAGCUUUUCUGCAUUUUUAAAAAAAAAUUUUUAACCUCUUAGUUAUACUAGUAACUUAUUUCUGCAGCGUUUUGUUGCUUUUGUCAGCCUCCAUAUUGCUCAGCUUUAAGCUAGGUGUUCGAGGCUGUGGACUUCAUAAUUAUUAUUCAUUACAUUGCAUGUGUGAACAAGAGCAGUUUUAACUCUGCUAUUUCUUUCAUCGUAAAGAGUUGAAAGAUUGAUAGAGAAAUAUCCUAUGAAUGCAUUCAACAUUUGCACGAUAAUCAUAAUUUCAAGGUUUAAAUUUCACUGUACACAAAAGCUAAACCUAUAAUUUACUAUUGAUGUAUAUGACACUUGAAUAUUUUAACAGAAUUGUCGACUUGUUUAUUUUAAGCAAGCUAAUGCUUUGAGGAAACAGUUAACUGGAAUGGCAUGCAAAUAUGUUCAUAUAUUUGUAUGCUAACACCAUGCAAGGCCAUUUCUCAGCUCAAAUUUCACUGAUGUGUACGAACAAAUCUAUUGAUAAAUAUAGUUCCAAUGUCAAAGCAUAUGAUUGAUAAACAAUUAACCAAGUUAACAAGAGAGAAAUUCAAUAGAAGGUGGUUUAGGUAAUUGUUCACACCGGAAGAUAAGAAUAUUUUCUCCAUAUAUUGUCGUAUAAAGUGAAAUUCAGGGAUCUCAUGAAUUUAAACAUAACCAUAAAAUCUUUUCUUGGCUGAGGGACUGAAGAGUUUCUAAUAGAAUAGUGAAAAUCUUGCUCGUUGCUCUGUCAAUUUUCUUUUCUACAUAGUUGAUGCAUCAAUCAUUUCCAUCCCAUCAUAGGAAACAGCCUUCCGUAUGUCUUUUGACAUUAUCACAGGCAAAUUGGAAGAGAGGUGCCACCCCAGUGCAGCUUAUGUCUUUGGUCAAGACCUCAUGAUUGACAGCUCAGCAUAGCUGAUCAAAUUUGCUAAAAUUAAGUUUGUUUUAAUCUUGGAGUAACAUAAUUUGCUACUAAAAGAUCAAUAUUAUAAUUUCCUUGGAUAUGUCGAGAAGUGUUUUUAUAUUUUGGAGGAAACACAGUUUUAUCCUAGUACAUGCAGUAUGCUUUUCUGAUAUUGAUAUUUUGAAGUAAUAGGUCAAGCAGCCAGGUGCUGCUGGGUCCAUUGGUCAAAGUGCUUGAAAUGGCCAGUGCAUUCUGUUAGAAUUGAAAUUGAGCUCUUAUUAUUAACACGAUGAGGGGAAAAUUUUUUUUUGAUUGAAGAGUUAAUCCAGUUUUUUGUUAGACUUUGAAGAUAAUGCGUUUUCUAGGUGGUUGAAUGGAGGGAUUACAUGCAGUAUCAGACUCUGUACUGUACCACAAUGCUUGAUCUUUAACUUGGUUCAGGGUUUUUUAAAGAUAUUUUAAAUGUUUUCUAGGAAAGUGUAGCUGUAUGUGUGUGUAUUAGCUAAUGGGCCAAUUGAAAAACUCAUUAACCUAUUGAAAACUUUUGAAAUCUUAAAUUCUAAUUUUCUGUAUCUGUUUUGUAAUUGUAAUUUUAGGCGGGGGGGGGAUAAUCCUUUUUUAAAAUGAGUACACUAGGCAGCACACAAAAAAAAUAAUCAUUUUGGUAACCUACCAUAAGUUCGAUCAUUCCAGGUUAACUUGUGGCUGAACGAUUUCUACUAUGAUUCAUUGUUUCAGUAGCACCGUCAAUAGUUUAACGCUUCACAGAUGUCUGAUUCACACAGUGGUUGAAAAUUGUGGUCUAGUAGACCAGAGCUGGCCAAUAGAGUACAGCUGAAUUUGCUUUACCAAGCUGAAUCAGUGUUGGAAUAUAACACGGCAUAAUAAAAAAUGCAGCAAAGGUUUCGGACAUCUAUUUGCACCUUAAGUAUAAUUGGCGAUGUAUUUUAAAAUGUUCAUAUUCAAUUUUGAAUUCAGUGGACAUUUUGAUUAUCUUUUGCACUAGAUGCUUUAAGGGAGUUUCUGGCCUGGCACAUCUCUUAGGACAAAUGAUAAUAGUCACAGACAACAAAUCAUUUGAUAAGGUUUUAGGAAAUGAGUAAAUAUACGAAAAGUGAAAUGUCAUCUGCAAAAUGACAGAUCUUGAUUGUUUUAUGUAGCAAUGUACAUUGAUCUCAAUGAGAUAAUUGUUUUACUUGAUUCUCUUGUAUGAGAAUAUUAAAACAGGAUGAAAAUUUAAAGUUCAGUUUGCUUCACCAUGUUAAUAAAUGAUCACAGGUGUGCAUGUGUGUUGUUGCAUUAUAUUGUACAGUGCUAGGUAUAUUCCUGUAACCACUUUUUGCUGAAAUGAAUCUGGUUCUUCGGCCAGGAAUGCGCAGUUAUACCUAUUACACGUUAUGUACCUUUUUGAAGUUUACUAAUUCACCAUAGAUGCAUUGUUGAAUAUGUUCAGUUUUCAAUUUUGUUCAGUUGAUUUUGAGAAUUAGUAUUUGGUAAAAUAUUGUGGACGAAGUUCCUACAGUAAUUUGCUAUACAUAUAUUUUUGCAAAGUAAUUGCCGUUAUGAAUAUGAGCUGAUGAGAAGGAACUGGUUUCAGCAGUCAAUGCACAUCAAGUGAAGCUAUAAGAAACAGCAAACCCCACAACUCCUUAAUACAUCACAAGGUAAUGCUUGCCUGUACCAUAAUUUUAUUUAGUGUAGAAUGUUUUUUUUUAAAUGAUGUUUGUCUAUUGUACUGCUGGAGAAAAUCAGUAGUGCAGUAAUGUUGGAAUAGUAUUUCAGCUUAGUUUUUUUUUCUUAUUGAAAGUGCUCACAGAUAUUGUUAAAGUUUUGUAAAUGGUUUCAAAACCAAUAAAAAAAUUUUGUACUA